AAGCCGGCAUCGCAGAGUUGGCUGAUAGCUCGCAGAGUGAGGACCGCCUCCGCUGGUCGUGCCACAUCGAAAAGAAAUAAAUCACAAAAAACGAGAAAAAAAGUGUUAUAAUGAAACUACUGUAAAGCUUAAUAAAGUGAAUGAAAUAAAUUAAAGGAGACAACUCUUAACUGUGACAAAAUUUUAAAAUUCAAUUCAAAUGCUUAAAGUUGCAAACUUUAACAAAUCAACAGUAGUGGAAAAUUUUCGUCUCAAUUUGUAACUUGUACUAAGUAUUGCCUCUGUGUGUGUGUGCGUGUGUUUAUGUCUUAAAGUAGCGAAAGAAACCAAAGCUUAAACGAUGGUAGACAGUAAUACAUCGAAAUACCAGUACUUGGCUGGUAUCUGUGUGAACAUAAUCACAAUAUCAUAUGGUGGCUUCUCUGGUUGGCCGGCUGCAAGCUUCUUAGAGCUACAGUCUGAAGAUACUCCCCUAGAAUCGGGACCCAUGUCGAAUUCUGAUAUCGGCUGGGUGGGGUGUAUGAUUUGCGUGGGUGGCGCUUUGGGUACGAUGUUCUUUUCAUGGUUUGCCGACCGUUAUGGGCGAAAGAAGUGUUUGCUGUUGGUAGCGCUACCAUCUUUGGCUGGAUGGUUGAUUAUACCUUUUGCCACCACACCUACACACCUGUGCAUUGCACGUGUUUUUGGCGGAAUAGCUGGAGGUGGAAUUUUCACCGUAAUUCCCAUCUAUACCACCGAGCUGGCGCAGGAUCAUGUUCGUGGCAUUUUGGGAACAGUGCUGAUGCUAGCAUUCAAUUUCGGUAUGCUGAGCGCCUUUGUGCUGGGCAACUUUUUCUCAUACUCUAUGGUAGCUUGGAUCCUUUCUUCGCUGACUUUUGUGUUCCUCAUGUGCUUCUCUUUUCUGCCAGAAACACCACAACACCUUAUUAAUAACAAUAAAAUUAAGAAAGCCGAAAAGUCUUUGAAAUACUUCCGUAAUAUUCGCGCUCUUUCACACGAGUUGCCCGAACAUUUCAAAUUCGAAUUAGACAAACUGAAAGGCGAAGGAAAGCAAGACGAUGACGAUAACGAUAAUGGUAAUUCACUGACAUGGAAGGAUAUAAAUAAUCCCAGUACACGCAAGGCUUUUAUGAUUGGCAUUGGGAUUAUUACUUUGAUGCAGUUUUCCGGCUGUUUUGCAAUGUUGAAUUAUUCAGGGAGUAUAUUUAAAGAGUCAGGAUCAAGUCUUUCGCCUACUAUAUCGACAAUUAUAGUUGGUUUUAUUCAACUGGUUGGAUCUUAUAUGUCAACGUUAUUGGUGGAACGCGCGGGCCGAAAGGUGCUUCUACUUAUCUCGACGUCUGGCAUUGUUUUAAGCCACAUCAUAUUCGCCACCUACACAUACCUCAAUGUGCUCGGCUAUGAUGUUAGUGCAUUCUCUUGGGUGCCAGUGGCUAGCUUUUCAUUCACAAUUUUCAUUGCGAGCUGCGGCUUAAUGGGGCUGCCUUACUUGGUUAUAGCGGAAAUUAUGCCACCAAAGCUACGCAGCAUGGGUUCUAUGGCCUGUAUGAUGCACAUGUGGUUCACCGGAAUUUUCAUGUUGAAAUAUUUGCCGGUGAUGGCUGAGCUUUUGGGAAUGCAUGGUAUGGUCUUCGCAUUUGCUGGCAUUUGUAUUGUUGGUCUUAUAUUCCUAAUUAUAUUUGUACCCGAAACCAAAGGAAGAACUAUUGACGACAUCUUGGCGAGUUUAUAGCUUUGAUGCGAUGAAGAAAAGUCAUAUUUACUCAUUGCUCUGUGAGCGAUAUUUACUUAUGUACUUAUAAGUGAAUGAAAUUGUACUUAUGCUCAGAUACUUAAGUGCUCGUAUGGAACACAUUUCGGCUGCAAAAUAUAAUAUUUAAGUGUGCCGCAGA